ACAUUUCUCACCACGUGCGAACAGUAUCGACGACACGCCCUUCAAAGGCCUGCAUCAAUUUCAGUCUCCAGAAUGGGUGACCAGAUGGGCCAUCCAGGUCGCCGAGGGUUCACAAACACGUAUCAAAGCCUUUACGUACCACAACAUGAACGGGACAGACAACAAGAUUCUGCGGGGCGAGGUCAUGGUUGUCCUGCGCUUGAUGAUCGCGCAGUUGAGGCGAGUCCGCUACAUCGAGCAGCUGACUGCACCGGUAAAGCUCACUGAUACCCUUGGACCAUCCUGAGCGGCUGACUCGGUUUCCACAAAGGUCCUGCUAUUCUCCUUCAUGGGACCCCAACAUGCUGGACUGGUUGAGGCAUAUUUCAACGACCUCGCUAGUAGUGCGUCCGACGCGCUUAUUUGACCUUCGCAAGAAGGAUUGGAAUGUUACAAAGACCUUGGGUCAGUGGUAUUAUGGGCUGCCCGCUGGCGAUGCUACACAAUUAGGGAGCUCGGGGUCUCAGUCAUCUACGCAAGUUGGCAAACGCAAUGAGGCGGAAGAAUGCAUGCUGGUCACCAAGUUGGAUUAUAGCGAAGAUUACCUGCAGCUUCAGGACAUGAAGUACGUCCACAGCGACGUUCAAUGA